UGGGGGGGAGGGAAGGGGCUGUCGGCACCGCUCUGGAUACAAAGCAGCCAGCCACGCUCUGGCUCCUUCCUCCUGCACCCCGUUGGCCUCCUCCUCCUCCUCCUCCCUGUUUGCACGCUCCCUCCCUCCCUCUUUCACUCUCUUUCUUUCCCUUAACGCCACGCUGCAGAAAGGCAGACCUGGGGAACCGGAGGUCCACAGAGGCUGUGGAGGAGGAAGGAGCUCUCCAAUGCUGUUUCUUUGCGAGUGAAACGGGGAGGAAGAGAGGCAAUGAAGGAGUGUCUUGGUUGCUGCCUGGAUUAAGAAAGAAUACAUUAAAAAAAAUAAAAAUCUGGACCCAACAAACGAGGAAAAAGGGAGGAGAGAAGGAGGAGGAGGUUGCUGGGGGGGAGCCCACUCCGAUGGGUGAACAGCCGCUUUGAAUCGUGCCUCUGUUCCCAGGGAUUAAAGCAUGAAUGGGAGCAGCUUCCCGGCCACGAUGGAGAGAGAAGGCGGUUCAGGCUAUGGGAAUAAGGUUUCCUUCCAAAUGAGUCCCUGAGGUUCCUGCUGGCAGCUCCGGCAGUGUCCUGUAGAAGUGCCCUCCUGCUCCUGGUCUCAGCAGCCGAGACCCCUCCAAACCUGCUUCUGCAAUGGGUGGGUUGUAAGCACUGGUAAUGAGGAGCUGUGGGUCCAGUCAGUCUUGGAGAUGCCGAAGAGACGAGACAUCCUGGCUAUCGUGCUGAUAGUUCUGCCCUGGACGCUACUAAUCACCGUCUGGCACCAGAGCACCAUUGCUCCACUGCUUGCAGUGCACAAGGAUGAUGGUGGUGACUCCCGGCGUGAUCUCGCUGCAGGCUUGGACUCCAAGGAAUACUGCUUGUCGGACCGGGACAUUGUGGAGGUGGUGAGGACAGAAUAUGUUUAUACCCGCCCACCCCCGUGGUCAGACACCCUUCCCACCAUCCACGUCAUUACACCCACCUACAGCCGGCCCGUACAGAAGGCAGAGCUGACGCGCUUGGCCAACACGCUCCUGCACGUGCCAAACCUGCACUGGAUCCUGGUGGAGGACUCACAACGGCGCACGCCUCUCAUCACCCGGCUGCUGCGGGACACGGGGCUUAACUACACCCACCUCAAUGUGGAGACACCCCGCAACUACAAGCUGCGGGGAGACAUGAGGGAUCCCCGCAUCCCCCGGGGGACCAUGCAGAGGAACCUUGCCCUGAGAUGGCUGAGAGAGACCUUUAACAAAAAUAACAGCCAGCCUGGGAUUGUUUACUUUGCUGAUGAUGAUAACACCUACAGCCUGGAGCUCUUUGAGGAGAUGCGCAGCACCAGGAAGGUGUCGGUGUGGCCAGUAGCCUUCGUCGGUGGCUUGCGUUACGAGUCACCCAAAGUGAACGCUGCAGGGAAGGUCUAUGGCUGGAAAACUGUGUUUGACCCCCAUCGCCCCUUUGCUAUAGACAUGGCGGGGUUCGCCGUGAACCUCAGACUGAUUCUCCAGCGAUCUCAGGCUUACUUCAAACUGCGAGGAGUGAAGGGAGGCUACCAGGAGAGCAGCCUACUCCGGGAACUAGUGACCUUGAAUGACCUUGAGCCGAAAGCCGCCAAUUGCACUAAGAUUUUAGUCUGGCAUACGAGGACAGAAAAGCCUGUGCUGGUGAACGAGGGGAAGAAAGGAUUCACAGAUCCCAACGUGGAAAUCUGACUGUGCAUGGGUGAACAGAGACCAGAAGAUUUCUUCAUGCACAGCCUGCAAGGUUCCUCUCCACAGCAUACAACCAGCCAGACAUGCAGUAGCCAGGACCUCUGCUGACUUCCAAGAGUUUUAGCGUACUGAAAACAAGCAACACUGCAUACAUAAACUACCCGGAUUCCCCUACCCUUCCUCCUGGACUCUGAGCAGAACCAGACGCUCUGGAGGUGGAGAAAAAGCACAGAAAAUACAGGACUGACAUCGACUUCAGUGCAAGGCCAGCUGUCUCGCCAGAUGCUUGGGUUGGGAGAAGUGCAUGCAGGGCACGCUGCACUGAAGACACGGCCCAGCUGGAAUGGUAGUCUGGACUGAGGGGGCCGUUUUACAGGACCUGAAAGCAAGGGUGAGAAUGCCCACAGGAGAGUGUUGGCCCCUGAUGACUGGUUUUUCCUGAGACACACGUACCUUGUGGCUAUGUGUGCAACAGCCUAAGCAGCUCUCUGUUCACGGAGGGGACAGCUGCCUUCUGAGAUGGCACCUUAGCCCUUAAUUUUAAACCUACUUUAAUCAGUGUUUAUUACGCUGCACAAGACAGGAAGGUUUUGGGGGAGGGUGAAAAGCAAGGCAGGUUAGAACAAAACCAUUAAGUAUCUCUGUUCUCUUUGUAUUCCCUCCCCUUUCCCUUCAUUAGUUUCAUGGUUUGGAGGACAACUCUGACAUACCUCUGUGUUCCUGGAUGGAGUUAUGUUUACAGCAUGUGGUUCUCUAUUCAUCCAUGCUAAAAUAACUGGAAGUGGGUUUUAAUGAGAUUGUUGUGGCCGUACACCGUAAUACUUCAUCCAGGCUCAGACCUCGGUUCUGUUUAGCUCUAAUUUGGUUCACAUGAGCAUUAGGUGUGGGAUUCUCUGAAGGGUGCUCCUACGUAAAGCCAAAUUUCCACUACUGAAAAAUAAAGCCAACGGCUUAAAACUAGAGAUUGAAUGAUAAAAGCUGAAUUUAGUGCAUUUACCAUUCUACUGGAAUGUCUCCUUCAGCCCUAGCCCCUUUUUCAGGGCCAUGCCAUACUUCUGCAGAGCUACUGGCGUUAAAACCACGCUGGAGCACUUGGAGAGUUAACUUCUGACGGACAGAGCAGCACCCUUGUAAAGGGGAUCCUGUGCUUAGUGUUCUGUUUCUUCAGCACCUGGCUUGAGGUAGGUUGAAAAACUAUCUAUGUAGAGCAUUAGUCGCCUCUUCCCUGUUCUGUGACAUCAAAGGACCUGAGAUAGCACUGAUGAAAGCGUGUUCUCUGAUGAAACUGUAUUUUGCUUCUCAGUGAGAGACACGGGACUGAGCAGUGCAGAAGAGGAACCUGGGUGCUACUGCCUUGGUUGACUCUGUAGUUGAGAUUGACAAACUUGCUGAGGAAGAAACUGAGGUACAACAUACCCCUUCUCCUCACUUCCAGCCCCUUUAAAAAAACCCCAAACUUACCUCCCCCUUCACAGUUGUUGUCAAACCUUUGAUCAGCCCCCACAGUCCCAAUUCUUUCAAAAAGGUCUGAAGCACAAUUUUACCUUUGAAUUGAGGGAAGAUGUAAUCCUGGAAAUAGACUUGGUUAUUUUUAGCCCUAACACAUAGAACUAUUAAAAUGCUAUAGAUUUGAUCGUUAGCUUCACAGUGCAAAAGUCUCCCCUUGGACUAAUGACAUUGUGUAUUUCCUAAUAUUUAAAAAAAAAUAUUUUUUGUAAGUUAUUUUCUCCCACAGUAUAUCAAAACCAUUGGGGAAAAGCUGCAUUCUUUAGUUCCCAGUCACAGAAGCCUUGCUACAUAGCCUUUACAAAAAUGUUCCUUUAGAUGCAUUGGCUGAAGCGCUACUUGGAUAGAAAGCAUUUGAUGCUACCGGCCGCUGGCUGCUCUAUGGGAACGGGCAUUGUUAACUUCUAUUAAAACAGCAGCUCUCUGCACUCAAGCAGAUUCAUUCUGUUAUCGUACUAGCCUUCCAAGUUCACUUCAGUCUGCAAACCCUAGAGUGGGAAGAGACAUUUUUAAAGGACUACAAAAUUUUCAUACCAUUUAGAUAGUUUCCAACCGACGUCCUCUCCUAGCUGCGUGUUUUGUUUCACUAAUCUUAAUUCCAGUCCCCGCUGGGUUGCAACCUUCCCUCCUUGGAAGGAAAUAACUUCCAGAAAAAUGCAAAGGAUCGAGUCCUGAACACAACCCUACACAUACGCUCCACUCUCCUCAAAGAUGGUCACACGAACCUGGGCCCUUCCAACUCGCACAGAGGCUACCGUGGUCCUCAGGAGCAGAGAUACGCAUGUUCAGUAAGACCAGCUCUGGCCAGGAUGGAGUGUAUUACAGCUGCACUGUCUGUUCUCAGUUUUAAACAAACUGUAUUUAAAUUUGUUAAAUAAAAUUAUGGUUUCUAAGA